CUCAUCGUGGUCUACGUUCACCUCCCUCCCUCGUGAAAACAAGGGGCCAUUGGCGGUGACCGCACACCCUUUUUAAUACCACACCCCCUCUCCUCCUCCUCCUCCUCUCCGCUCCACCAUCACCGCCAAUGGCGACGUCGAUCUCCUCCUCCUCCUCCUCCUCCUCCUCCUUCCUCUCGACCCUUCCUUCUCCUUCCCAAACCCUAAAACCCCAACCCUUCCUCUCCCUCCGCACCCUCCCUCGCCGCGGCCCCUCCGAUCGGCGGCGGCGCCUCCUCUCCGCCGGCCCCGUCGCCGUCCGCGCGGCGGUGGCCAUCGAGAAGGAGACGCCGGAGGAGGAGCGGCCGGAGACCUUCCUCCGCGCGGCGGACCCCGCCGCCGCCACGUCCGUGCGCGCGCGGUUCGAGCGGAUGAUCCGCGAGGCCCAGGACGAGGUGUGCGCGGCGCUCGAGGCCGCGGACGGGGGCGCCGCGUUCAAGGAGGACGUGUGGUCGCGCCCCGGCGGCGGCGGCGGCAUCAGCAGGGUGCUCCAGGACGGCGCCGUGUGGGAGAAGGCCGGGGUCAACGUCUCGGUCGUGUACGGCAUGAUGCCCCCUGAGGCCUACCGCGCUGCCAAGGGCGAGCCCGGCGCCGCCGACCCCUCCGCGAAGGCCGGGCCCGUCCCGUUCUUCGCUGCGGGGAUCAGCUCGGUUUUGCAUCCAAAGAAUCCAUUUGCCCCAACUUUGCAUUUCAACUAUCGAUAUUUUGAGACUGAUGCACCUGCAGAUGCUCCCGGUGCGCCAAGACAAUGGUGGUUUGGAGGUGGGACUGAUCUGACUCCUGCAUAUGUCAUUGAAGAGGAUGUUAAGCAUUUUCAUUCGGUUCAAAAGCAAACUUGUGAUAAAUUUGAUCCAAGUUUCUACCCCAGAUUCAAGAAAUGGUGUGAUGAUUAUUUCUACAUCAAGCAUCGUGGCGAGAGGCGUGGGCUUGGCGGAAUAUUCUUUGAUGAUGUGAAUGACUAUGAUCAAGAAAUGCUUCUUGGUUUUGCUACUGAGUGUGCAAAGUCUGUAAUUCCUGCAUACCUACCCAUCAUACAAAGGAGAAAGGACACUCCAUUUACUGAGCAACACAAGGCAUGGCAGCAACUACGGAGAGGACGCUAUGUGGAAUUUAAUCUGGUUUAUGAUCGUGGUACGACUUUUGGUCUAAAAACUGGUGGUAGAAUUGAGAGUAUUCUUGUUUCUCUUCCGCUUACUGCGCGAUGGGAGUAUGAUCAUCAACCUGAAGUAGGAAGUGAAGAGUGGAAACUUCUGGAUGCGUGCAUCAAUCCAAAGGAAUGGAUUUGAGCUAAACACUUCGGAAGCGGCUGUAGCUUGUGGUCUUAAUAUCCUGUUUUUGUAGUUAGGAAGCGUUGUUUUUUUCAACUCCCUCUCUAUUGUAUAUGAAAAUUUGAAAAAAUUCUGUUGUUAUGUUCUCUGUAUGUGUGGCGUGAGUGUUGUAAUUCAUCUCAGUUUGUUUUCUGCAUCUAAUAGAAUUUAAUUAGUAGUUGACGAA